AUGGGUAAUGAUCAUGACUACGAUAUUAUAGCCUUGUUGUCUCUCCUCGACGAUGGAAAUAAUACUAUACUGACAUCUGAAUCCGAUUCAGAGGUAUCUUGGCCAGAAGAAAUGGAAAAUGAUAUCUUAAUAGAAAGAGAAAAACCUGAGGAAUCUGAAUCACCUCAAUCGGAAUUGCAGAUUCUGGGAAACCUAAAUAGCCAGGCCUCUACUAGCGAAUCAGGAAAUCAGCCUGAUAAAGUUCCAGAGGUACAGGAUUUGGAUGCUGAGGCAUUAGCAGUUCUGGGUGAAAUAAACAUAGAGCAAGAAAAAGGUCCACCUCUUCACCCUGAAAUUGCAAACAGAUGGACACCCAUUCUGAGCAAAGGCCUAAAAAAAGGAAGACAAGAGAGAGCUUAUGCAAAAAUAUAUGCCAUUCGAAAAUGUGCCACGUUUAAUAGCACCAACUUUGAACCCUGA